GCCUCCGCCUCCAGUUGCCGGGGCAGCCGAACGUUCCACGCUGCUAUGGUUUCGGCUCGCCUGGGGUUCUGUCCGGCCUCACCGACACCCGAUGUCCCUUCCCAAGCUCAUUUGUCUUCCUCACCCCAUCAUCACGUCUGGUGAUUCUUCAACAGAAUAAGUUGGGCGCACUGGGGCUUCCGUUUACUCCCCAUAGUGCUGGAUUUCCCUUCCUCUACUUCAUAUGAGGAAACAGACUAAGAGAGGUGAAGUCACUUGCCUAGGACCACACAGUAAAUGAAAAGCCAAUGGCUUCAAGUCUGCUAGACGAGCUGUUUGAGCAAAUCCAUUAAUUCCCAGAGCAUAUUUCAGUGCCUGUAUGAGAAUUGGAGCACUUUGAAAACGGAAACAUGUCUUCCAAAGGGCCAGAAAGUUGCAAGGUCAGCUUUUGUCCUAAACCAUUUGUAACUAUGGACUUGCCAGAUGAUAGCCAGUGGGAUGAAACCACCUGUGAUAUGGCUGUUUGUCAGCAUCCACAAUGCUGGGCAACCAUCCGCCGCAUCGAGAGAGGCCACCCUCGAAUCUUGGACUCACAGCGCAAAAUUUCUCUGGAUGUUGAUGACAGACUCCCAAUGGUCACCAUUGUAAACAUCUCAGAUUCCUGCUUCCAGGCCAAGAGACAUCCUCAUCGUCAUUUACCAGGAUUUACCUUCACCAAGCCUCACUUUUUAUUGUCUCAGGGCUCAAAGUUUGACUCCAAAUUUCAAGGCAGGCCUCGGAAGAAGUUACCUGACAAAGAUUUGAUCAACUGGGCUGACAGAUCUUUCAAACUUCCAGUGCUAAAUUUGAAUGAGACACCACUUCCUUGCCCUCAAGAUGUUAGAAAUAUGGCUGUAGUCUGGAUCCCCAAAAAACCAGAGGACCAUGUUGGUCCCGCUGAGAAGCAUAUCGUUCCCAGCAAGGAUGAGAGGAAGAAAAGAAAGACACAUACAGCGAAAGACAAGUCCUCUCUGGUUCUCUCUGGAAGGCAGAACUUAGGGACACAGUUGCGAGCUCCAGGGAUAAUUGUGCCUCCCCCGUCCCCAGUACACUUUUUUGAGCCACUAGAUUCAGAAUUCCCACUUUUCUGGAACCAGUCCGACACAUUACCUCGGUAUCUACUAAGUGAUCUUUUGUCAGAUGAAGAGAAAACCUCACCUUCUCCGGAGAUGAUGAUGCAGCUGGCCAGGAUGAAAAAGAGACCUCCUCUGGAAAACAGCCGACCCGACAGUGCCAUUUCUGAGAAGAUGGUUUUAUACGCACACAGCCUCACCCUGCAAAGACCAGCAUUGAGAUAUCCUAAACAUUUGAAGAGAUUAUAUUAUAACCUGAAGGAAGGAAAUAGGUUUUCUGGUGCUGCCAGGUCUCCAGGUAAUGGGAAGCAGCAGUGGCCCCAGGAGAGGCAGCAACAGAGGAUGUUGAAGACACCUACUAAGAAACAGUUUCAGGAGGCUAAAAAGAAUCCCAAGCGUGAUCCAGGGAGCCACAGCACUUUGCAGAAACAUUCAGGUCACAGAACUCUACCAGGUCAGGAAAGUGACAAGCAGCAUCAGCAGCAGAUGGAGAAAAAUAGCCCCACCUUGCAACAGGAUUCCACAGAGCGACCACAGAUGGACUAUGCUGAGAACUACCUGGAUUCCUCCUGCAGUGAGCAGAGUCCUGAAUUAUCCAGGAUAGACUCCACUGACGAGGACGUUGGUACUGAGAUAGAGGUUGUGCUGGAAGAGCAAAAGAGGACCUCAAAGGAUCUUUCAGCCAGUAGUUCAUCCAGACUAAGUUGGAACCCUGAGCUCAAGCUACUGAGGAUUCUUCAGUCCACUGAUGAUGAGGAUGAGGAGAACCAGCUCUUUGGGGCCCAGAAGGUAGAGUCUCCAGAGGCAGAGGCAGAAGUCAUGGCUGGACAGCCUUAUUCCACAGCAGGGUGCUUAGACAUCUAAGGACGGCGACCUUGGACUUAAGGGCUAAAAGGAGAGGGAAUUUCUCCCCGGAUCCUUUAGCAGGGCCUGAGCUCCGGGUUCUGUUUUCUUCACUCACCUCUACUUGCCUCUGAAAUAAGUGAGGAAGAAAGAGCCCCACCCUUUUAACUUGAAUCGUUUCUUUCCCAUUAGGACCAGAAUAAUUUGUGAUUAAACA